CUACACUGGCCCACCUUUCUGAAACGAUGCCGGUUGCUCCAUCCUCUAAGAUCAUCUCAUUCUCGAGCCUCACCAGUCUCGCACUACCCGAGCGCCUAUUUCCCCAACCCGUCCUUUGGCACCUCCGACCCAGGAAUAGUCCCGAAUCCUCACACUGUACCAUCUCAAGGGCCACCUUCAUUCUUUAGCUUGGCCACCUCGUCAACACCUGAUGAUCCUUUUCUCGCGCUUCUAUCUUCAGUCUAUUAUGCUGCUGUUCUGUCCGUAAUCAACAAUCCAUCUUCCCAAGAACUAGGCCAAAAGUUCAACCCGCUAACUCUCGCCCCAACCUUGAAAAAGGAGGUAUCAGACAGGAUACUCUCUCUUGACGAAGGUGUGAUCAAACACCCAUCCAUUGAGAAUCUCCAAGCCUUAGUCCUCUUUCUGUCGGUCGAUUCAAAUUCAUUCGAUCCAUAUGUGCAAUGGGUUCAGAUCGGAACAGCAGUGCGUACGGCCCAAUUUCUUGGCAUUCACCGGGAUGGGACAAGCUUUGGAUUAAGCCCUAUUGAAGUUGAAGUGCGGCGCCGUAUCUGGGCCCAGAUCUGCAUACUUGACGCCCGAUUUGCGGAACUUCUAGGUUGCGAACCUAGCAUCAGUGUAUCCUCGUAUGAUACUUGCCUUCCCUUAAGCAUAUGCGACCGGGAUCUUACCGAGAUCGACGAACAACAAAGAGCAUCGAUACAGGGACAAGAAAGAAAAUUCAAGACUCUUCAGGAGAUCGAACAAGAACAGGAACAGUACUCGCCCUUUUCGACCAUGACAUUCACUUUAAUAGAAGCCGAGCUAGCUCGGUUGAUGACUCAACUUUUCGGUAGCCGAUACCGCUCUCGCGACUCGAUCUUCCUCGGUUCGGUCCAGCCGGGUCAAUGGGCCCCGAGUGAAUCCGCACUCCAGUCGGACAGAGUUCGUUGGAUCAGACGUCUUGAGCAUCGCUUCGAGACUGUUUACCGCCUCGAUAGCCUCGAUACGACGAAUCCUAUACAAUUCAUGGUGUUGGAGACAAUGAGAAUUAGGAUAGAGCAGGCUAAAUUCGCUAUCCGUUUGAUGGAGUGGAAAGAUAUACAUGGGGGGCCUGGUGGACUGGGAGGUGCCCCUGAAAUGACCCACCUUUUUCGCGAUGCAAUUGCCUUGACCUCACGGACGCUAGCUCUUUCCAACCGGUUCCCCACCUCGCCAUAUAGUUGGUAUAUAAAGCGUCUGAAAGAAGCUUACACACCUUCAUUCCUCCUCUUCGCCCUUACAUCAGGAGGCACCAUGGAUCAAGGGGAUGUGGCUCUUGCGUGGGCCGUUCUAGACCAAAUAUUUCCAGUUGAUUCUGUGGGACGAGCACAGGAACAAGGCGUCGAACAAAGCCCGCUCGGUGUUCUCUUAAGGCGGGCAAAAGAGAAGAGGGAAGGCCAAGUUCGAUUUCCUACUGCGCAAGACUUCCGUCAACAGGCGAUGGAAGCUGCCGCUGGCAGUAGCCAUCCCAAUUUCUCUCCAAACGUAAACCCGCAUCCAGCUGUGACACUACCUACAAAUUCAAGCGGUAUGGGAAACUUUCAACCUGGAAAUCUAUUCGAAGAUUUUGACUCCAUCAUGCAAGAUCCGCUGUGGUCUCCUGGACUUCCAGGUGCAGAUGAUGGAUACGAGCCUUGGGUAUGAAUUUCUCCUUCUUUCUGUUGUCUUUUACGCUUUGUCUCCCACCCCUUCUCUCAUAUUUAUUUUUUACACUGUCAGGACGUUUCUAUUCCCCCCAUACAGGCUUACGGCCACUGGCCUUGCAGCCUUGUUUC